AUGGCGUGCUUCAAGAGCCAAUUCUUCACUCUCAAGGGAUUCCUCCCCAGAACUCAGCACCCUCUCUGUCGCCCAAGAACCCACAUUCUUACCGUCUUCCUUCUUCUCUUACUCUACCUCCUCUCCAGAUCAUACUCCUAUGAUUACUCUCCCUCCUCCUCCGCUGCCUCCGCCGUCACCGUCGCUGCUUCUCGCUUCCUUCUUUCUUCCGACGCCUUCUCUUCUGUUACUGCCGCAGAGAUAUCCCGCGAUCCUCCCCUCUCAUCCACCGCUCACGAAUCCCAAAUCAUCAGAGACCUUGCUUCUUGCGACAUCUUUGAUGGAGCUUGGGUUCUUGACCGCCACGCACGACCUCCUUAUCCGCCUGGCUCCUGCCCUUUUCUCGACGACGCCUUCAACUGCUUCAAGAAUCGACGUCCUGACUCCGAUUAUCUCGAGUACCGGUGGAAGCCUCGUGGAUGUCACAUUCCAAGGUUCGACGGGCUUAAAAUGCUGAGGUUGUUGAGAGGGAAAAGGAUGGUGUUUGUUGGGGACUCGCUGAACAGGAACAUGUGGCAGUCUCUCGUGUGUUCCUUGAGGGAAUCUCUCAAGGAUAAAACCAGAGUGUUUCUCGUUUCAGCCCGGCGAGAGUUGAGAACUCAAGGUUUUCAUUCCUACAGAUUUAAAGACUAUGGAUGCUCUAUAGACUUUAUAAAAUCACCAUUUCUUGUCCAAGAAUGGAAGAAUAAUUCUUCAUAUUUUGACGAAGGGCCGCCUCAUGGAGAAACUCUGAGGCUUGACAUGAUGCAGGCAUCCAAAUCUCAGUACAAUGAUGCUGAUAUUAUCAUAUUCAACACGGGCCACUGGUGGAAUCACCAUAAGACUAGAAAUGGGAGAAACUAUUUUCGAGAAGGAAACCAUGUCUACGACAGACUAGAUGUGAAGGAAGCACUGGGCAAAGCCCUCAGGACUUGGGCUAAAUGGGUGGAUUCCAAAGUUGACAGCACGCGCACAAGGGUCUUCUUUACUGGAUUCUCAGCUUCUCACUACAGAGGGGGGCAAUGGAAGUCAGGAGGCAAAUGCGAUGGGGAGAGAGAGCCUAUAAAGAACGAGAGCCAUGUUGGGGAGUAUCCAUGGACGAUGAGAAUAUUGGAGAGUGUGAUGGCGGACAUGAAGACGCCUGUGUUUUACCUUAACAUUUCCAGGAUGACAGAGUACAGAAAAGAUGGCCACCCUUCCUUGUACAGAGGCCCAAGUCCUCCUCCGAGGACCAUGGUACAGGAUUGCAGCCAUUGGUGCCUUCCUGGCAUUCCAGAUUCCUGGAAUCACCUCCUCUAUUCAACUCUUCUUCUUCAUCAUCAUCAUGAUGCUUCUUCCAAUUAGACACUUCUCACUUUUCCCAAUGCCCAGUACUUUGAUGUG